CUGUGAGAGGGCUUGGUUUAGACUGGCAGAUGGGCGGGGCUUGAGAGAAAUGGGGAGACCCACACCAGAACUCAGGGAUUGUUAGGGAGCUCUGCUUCCGAGAGCGUGGGGCCCUGCGCUGGGGCAUUCAAUCAUGUCCCACUGCUGUAUACUCUCUCUUCUCCACCUUCUUCAGGGCAGCCCGGACAACAGGACCUGCAUCCUGGUCUGCUUCCCCGGGGGGCCCCCAGGCCUUGCGAGGAGGAAGGAGCUAGAGCUGGAUGCAGCCCUGGGCCGCAGGGUCGCAGCGCUGUGUUCCUCUGCCCAGGAGCCCCCCAGCCUGAACAAGGUGUUCAGGACCCUGGCCUCUGAGGACAUCCCGGAUUUACCUCCUGGGGGAGGGCUGUACUGCAUGGCCGCUGUCAUCGCUGAAGCUUAUUCUCAGCUCUUCCAGGCCCCAGGGCAGCGCUGGGUGAAGGUGCAGAACGGGGCUGGGAAGGCCACUGGCACCCAUUCAAGCUGGGCCUUGGACUUCAGGCCUGACAGCUGUCGUCCUUAG